UAAACAGUUUCUUACCAUAAGAGGGAGUUCAGACCUAGAUCUUUCCAGUUAAUCACACAACAAACUUAGCUCAUCGCAAUAAAAAGCUGCUCAGAGGCGACUGGUUCUUUUAGGCACUGAGUCGGAACAGGCUUCUCUCAGCCAGGCAUCUCGUCCAGUGGGAUCCGCCAGCGCGUCCGGCAGCACCAUGUGGGGGACCAAACUUCUGCCAGUCCUGCUCCUGCAGCAUGUCCUCCUCCAUCUCCUUCUGCUUCCCAUCGCCAUCCCCUAUGCAGAAGGACAGAAGAAAAGAAGAAACACACUUCAUGAAUUCAAAAAGUCAGCAAAGACUACUCUAAUUAAAGAAGACCCAUUACUGAAGAUAAAAACAAAAAAAAUGAACACUGCAGACCAAUGUGCCAAUAGAUGUAUUAGGAAUAAAGGACUUCCAUUCACUUGCAAGGCUUUUGUUUUUGAUAAAGCAAGGAAACGAUGCCUCUGGUUCCCUUUCAAUAGCAUGACAAGUGGAGUGAAAAAAGAGUUUGGUCACGAAUUUGAUCUCUAUGAAAACAAAGACUACAUUAGAAACUGCAUCAUUGGUAAAGGAGGUAGCUACAAGGGAACCGUAGCUAUCACUAAGAGCGGCAUCAAAUGCCAGCCCUGGAAUUCCAUGAUCCCACAUGAACACAGCUAUCGGGGUAAAGACCUACAGGAAAACUACUGUCGAAAUCCUCGAGGGGAAGAAGGGGGACCUUGGUGUUUCACAAGCAAUCCAGAGGUACGCUACGAAGUCUGUGACAUUCCUCAGUGUUCAGAAGUUGAAUGCAUGACCUGCAAUGGGGAAAGUUAUCGAGGUCCCAUGGAUCAUACAGAAUCAGGCAAGAUUUGUCAGCGCUGGGAUCAUCAGACACCACACCGGCACAAAUUCUUGCCAGAAAGAUAUCCCGACAAGGGCUUUGAUGAUAAUUAUUGCCGCAAUCCUGAUGGCAAGCCCAGGCCAUGGUGCUAUACUCUUGACCCUGACACCCCCUGGGAGUACUGUGCAAUUAAAAUGUGCGCUCACAGUACUAUGAAUGACACAGAUGUCCCUAUGGAAACGACUGAAUGCAUUCAAAGUCAAGGAGAAGGUUACCGGGGCACCAUCAAUACUAUUUGGAAUGGAAUUCCAUGUCAGCGUUGGGAUUCCCAGUAUCCUCACCAGCAUGACAUAACUCCUGAAAAUUUCAAGUGCAAGGACCUAAGAGAAAAUUAUUGCCGAAAUCCAGAUGGAGCUGAAUCACCCUGGUGUUUUACCACUGAUCCAAACAUCCGAGUUGGCUACUGCUCCCAAAUUCCAAAAUGUGAUGUGUCAAGUGGACAAGAUUGUUAUCGUGGGAAUGGCAAAAAUUAUAUGGGCAGUUUAUCCAAAACCCGAUCUGGACUAACAUGUUCAAUGUGGGAGAAGAACAUGGAAGACUUGCACAGGCAUAUCUUCUGGGAGCCAGAUGCUAGUAAGCUGAAUAAGAAUUACUGCCGGAAUCCUGAUGAUGAUGCCCAUGGUCCCUGGUGUUACACGGGAAAUCCUCUCAUUCCAUGGGAUUAUUGUCCUAUUUCUCGUUGUGAAGGUGAUACCACACCUACAAUAGUCAAUUUAGACCAUCCUGUAAUAUCCUGUGCCAAAACAAAACAAUUACGAGUUGUAAAUGGAAUUCCAACGCGAACUAAUGUAGGAUGGAUGGUUAGUUUGAAAUACAGAAAUAAACAUAUCUGUGGAGGAUCAUUGAUAAAGGAAAGUUGGAUUCUUACUGCAAGACAAUGUUUCCCUUCUCGAAACAAAGACUUGAAAGAUUAUGAAGCUUGGCUUGGGAUUCAUGAUGUCCACGGAAGAGGUGAUGAGAAACGCAAACAGGUUCUAAAUGUUUCCCAGCUGGUAUAUGGGCCUGAAGGAUCAGAUCUGGUAUUACUGAAGCUUGCUAGGCCUGCUGUCCUGGAUGAUUUUGUUAGUACAAUUGAUUUACCUAAUUAUGGAUGCACCAUUCCUGAAAAAACUACUUGCAGUGUUUAUGGCUGGGGUUAUACUGGAUCCAUCACCUCUGAUGGUCUAUUACGAGUAGCACAUCUCUAUAUUAUGGGAAAUGAGAAAUGCAGCCUAUACCAUCAAGGGAAGGUGACUCUGAAUGAGUCUGAAAUAUGUGCUGGAGCUGAAAAUAUUGUAUCAGGACCAUGUGAGGGAGAUUAUGGUGGCCCACUUGUUUGUGAACAACAUAAAAUGAGAAUGGUUCUUGGUGUCAUUGUUCCUGGUCGUGGAUGUGCCAUUCCAAAUCGUCCUGGCAUUUUUGUCCGAGUAGCAUAUUAUGCAAAAUGGAUACACAAAAUUAUAUUAACGUAUAAGAUACCACAGUCGUAGCUGAUGUAACUGUGUCUGAAUCUUCCAUCAAUAGAAUUCUCUUUUACCUGAAGAUUUCAGAGAACAUGGAAUUAAAAUGUCACUUAAAGCAAUCCUAAGACAACUACUUGAGUGUCAUGUUUGUUAAGAUACUCAUUAAUAUUUAUGGGUGUUUUCUGUUGUUUUGUUUGUCAGUGUUAUUUUGUAAAUGUUGAAGUGAAUUAAGGUACAUGCAAGUGUAGUAACAUAUCUCCUGAAGAUACUUGAAUGGAUUAAAAACUGCAAAGGUAUAAUUGCUGGAUGAUAAAAGAUUUAAUGGAAAAGUUCAACUAAUCUCUACGCUGCUUUCCAAAGUUAGUUUAUGAAUAAACCAUAAGUUAAACAUUAUUUUAACCUCACAAAGACAAUUUAUGCCUUUGUCCUUAAGUUGUAACUCUGUAUUAAAUUAUAUUACCUUUCAUAUACCAUACAUUAUAUUUCAUUCAUUCCUCCUCACUGUGUAUCCUCUAAUACUGGUCUACAUCCUUUCUACAAAAUUAUGUGCCCAUCUAUGCAGACCUUGGUACACAUGUGCAUGCACUAGAGUUCAAAUCAUGGUAUAUCUAAUGUAACCUCUAAAUAUUCUGAAAGUGUGUACCUGUAGUUUUUCCUUAAGAGAAAAAUAGAAAAUUUUAAAGACCAGUAGAAAUUUUAAGGAAAGGUGCAAGAUAGAAGUGACCAGCUCAUUCUCUGUAUGUAAUCUGCAGAUGACCUCUACUGGUUGACAUUUAAGGUGUGGUCAUGACCCACAAAGUUAAGUAACACCAAAUCUAGGUGUUUAAAUAUAUUUAUCAUCCUAGUCAUCUUGUAGUUUCUAAUUCUUAAAGGGAAGAGGGUAAUAUGUGUAUUAGUAUUAUUUCUUUCCUUCAAAUUUAGGGACCUUAUUUAUGUAAGAUACUUUUAGAUCUACUUUCCUAAAGUAUUUUCUUUAUUAUUCUUACGUAACUGUCCAAUUGAAGCUUAAAAAAUUAUUUAAGUAGGUUAAUUCUAAGACUUGCUGCUGUGAUUGGCUUGAGGUCAUCGUCUUUAAAUUUUUAAAAAUUAUUUCAGAGGAAAAUUUCCAUAUGUCCCCAAAGAUUUGUAAAUGGACUUUCAUCAAACUAUGAAUUAAAGUAUAUGUUGAAGAAAAAAA